GCUCCUUUUCUUUCACUUGCUCACCCCCCCGCACGCAUGCACAGGGCUGGUCUCCACCUCCUCCGUGCACGUCUGAUCGCAGAUCGAAAGGGACGCGAGGGAGGAUGAUGAUGAUGAUGAAGAAGAAGUAACGGAGGUACCGGAAAGAGGGGGGGGGGGCGCGUUGUUUGUCUUGCAAGCGGAAAAGGCCUCACACCGGGUGAGGCCAGAAGAAAGCGAGAGAGAGGGGGGGUCGUAAACACGACAGAAAAACGGCGAACAGGGCGGCAGAGAGCGGCGAUUCCCACCCCCACCUACACCCCCCCCCCAUCUCUCCAUCCUCCAUCCUCCCUGCGCCGCUCGGCUCAUCCGGGUUUUUGUUUUUGCGGCUCCGGGACCGUCAUCUAGCGACCGAUCGGUGGAUGAGUGAGACCGGAGCAUAAGGGGGGGGUUGUUGGUGGAGGGGGGGGGGCCCGGGAUGGCAUAGCGGCAUCUGCAGCGGAAAGCCUGCAGAGAGACUCUCAUCCACCAUGAAGCUGUGAACGACAUCCGACCCGAGCUCAGAUGGGAUGAAAAUGCGGCGGCACCGGGUGUUCCUGCUGUGCACGGUGGGCCUGUGCGUCAUCUCCUUCCUCCACUACUACAAGGCCCUGCACUACGUGUCCCUGCUGCGGGAGCUCUCCGCCCCCUACCCCAACAUCAAGUCCUUCAUCAUGGUCUCCGGCUUCUUCUGGAGGGAGAGGGGGGUGGGCGCCACGCCGCUCAGCCCCGCCUCCCCCGAAGAGGCCCCUCCUCUGCCCGUCCUACUCCGUCCGUUGGACACCAAAGGUCGGGUGGCGGGCAGCGAGGGCGGAGGAGGGGAGACGGGUCUCAGGAACGGGGGGGGCAUCAUUGGAGACGGAGACGGGAUGGAGGUGAGGUUGAGGGAGGAGCCGGCGCCUCCUCACCCUUGGGAGAAACCGGAGGAGAGCCAGCAGGGGGGCGCUCCGGUUGAGGAAAGACCCGAAGACCGCCUGAAGCCUCGGAACCUGGCCCAGCCUGGGGGGCCCGAGGUCCCGUUGGGGGGGGGCGCACGCAGCGACCCGUCGUCCGACAGCGUGGAGUCCAUGGGGGACCUCCACACCCGCUUGCACCCCCUCCAAGACGACAGGACGCCGUACUUUGUGCGGACCAAAGCGGGGGCCCUCUGCUUCAGGCGGGGGACGGAGGUGGCCGCCCAGAAGGAGCAGAGGGAGUACUCGGGGAAGUUGGGGGGCUCGGCCGCACAGAGGAAGCCCCUGCAGGUCCAGCAGCAGUCCUCCGUCACCCCCAAGGCCAAGGCCAGGAACAGGGGGGGGGGCGGAGGCGGCAGGCGGCUGGUGAAGUGCGUGUGCCGGCCGGGUUGGCACGGGCCGUACUGCGGCGUGCCCACCAUGGUGUACCACUCCAACCUGCCCACCAAGGAGCGGCUGACCCCCCGGGAGACGCCGCGGCGGGUCGUCAACGCCAUCAACAUCAACCACGAGUUCGACCUGCUGCACGUGCGCUUCCACGAGCUCGCUCAGGCCGUGGACGUCUUCCUCGUCUGUGAGUCCAACUUCACCGCCUACGGGGAGAGGAGGCCUCUGAGUUUCCUGCGGCUCCUCCUCAACGGAACCUACGACUACGUCCGUCACAAGAUCCUCUACGUGUUCCUCGACCACUUCCCGGAGGGCGGCCGGCAGGACGGCUGGAUCGCCGACGACUACCUGCGCACCUACCUGACGCACAACGGCCUGCCCCGGGUGGCCGGCCUGCGGCCCGACGACGUCUUCGUCAUCAACGACGCCGACGAGAUCCCGGCGCACGAGGGCCUCCUCUUCCUCAAGCUGUUCGACGGCUGGACGGAGCCCUUCGCCAUCCACAUGCGCAAGUCGCUGUACGGGUUCUUCUGGAAGCAGUUCGGCUCCCUGGAGGUGGUCUCGGGCUGCACGGUGGGGAUGCUCCGCGCCGUCUACGAGGGCGAUGGCAUCAAGCUCCGCCGGCGCGAGUACUACACCAUGCCGGGCUUCCGCAAGUACGAGAACGACACGGGCCACAUCCUGGUGCAGUGGUCCGUGGGGAGUCCCUUCCACUUCGCCGGGUGGCACUGCUCCUGGUGCUUCUCGCCCGCCGGCAUCUACUUCAAGCUGGUGUCGGCCCAGAACGGAGACUUCCCCCGGUGGGGCGACUACGAGGACAAGCGCGACCUCAACUACAUCCGCGAACUGAUCCGGACGGGGGGCUGGUUUGACGGCUCCCUGCAGGAGUACCCACCCGUGGACCCCAAGGAGCACAUGUACGCCCCCAGGUACAUGCUGGAGCACCUGGAGAGGUACCGCUACCUCCUGGAGAACCCUUACAGCACCGGCCCGACGAAGGGCUGGGGGGGAGGCGGGGCUUGACGCACCUAGCGCGGACCACUGGUACUCGUAUCGCCUCCACCUGACUGAAAUAUCUCUUUAAAGAAAAUUAUUUUGGAGCUUAAAAAGGGAACACUGUCAUCCACCGAGGAUAAAACCACUGGAUAGACACAAAUCAUGCAUUGUCUAACUCCUCCCCUUUGAGGAGGAGGAGCCUAACUAUCUGUCUCAUUGUCACCCCCCCCCCCCCUCCACUGUCUUUCUUCAGCCGGGCCGGUAGGAAGCGCCAUGUUCAGGACGAA